AUCUCUAAGAAAGAGACAGCAGAUGUUUCGACUAGCUCUGUCACACAGACAACAAACACUCUCACUGGUUCUGAAAUAUCAACAUUUGGUGGAAAAAACAACCUUUGGGUCAGCAACAGCCAACACUGGAAAAACUUCACAGAGGACAACAACUGAUUCUGCAACCACUGCUGGAAAAUCAACUGAUGAUUCCAUGACCUCUGUUGGAACAACAGACAUAACUGCUGCAGCUACUGACUCCACAGCAAAGGUUUCAAUCAGUGCUGGGACUUCAACAAAAGAUGCUGGAACUAUCACCAUGAUGGCAACAAACACUGGUGAAACAAGUUUGUAUAUAACAAAACGUAGCACUACAUCCACUACUGUGAAGUCAACAGAAGAUGCUUUGACCAGUGGGAUGACAACAACAGCAACAGAUUCCUCACCUCGUGUUCUGACAGCAACAAUAGAUACAGUUAAUGGUGCAACAACAUCAGCAACAGGGGUUCCAACUGGCACAAUGACAGCAUCUCCUGAUGGGGCAACUACCACUGGGACAACAACGGCAUUUCCUAAAACCAAUGCUGGAACAAUAACACCACUCAUUGCAACUCACAGUGGGGUGUCAACAACAUCUGCUACAACAAGCAGUGAGACUAUGACAAAUGCUAAAACCAGUGUUAGCACUGCAGCUAAGCAGACUUCAACUAGUACCAGGAUAGAAACAACCAAUACUGCACCCAGUCCUAUUACGUCACAACCAGAGUCUACUGCAAUAAGGUCUAGAGCUUCAACACUGGAAUCUACAACAAUCUCUAAGAAAGAGACAGCAGAUGUUUCGACUAGCUCUGUCACACAGACAACAAACACUCUCACUGGUUCUGAAAUAUCAACAUUUGGUGGAAAAACAACCUUUGGGUCAGCAACAGCCAACACUGGAAAAACUUCACAGAGGACAACAACUGAUUCUGCAACCACUGCUGGAAAAUCAACUGAUGAUUCCAUGACCUCUGUUGGAACAACAGACAUAACUGCUGCAGCUACUGACUCCACAGCAAAGGUUUCAAUCAGUGCUGGGACUUCAACAAAAGAUGCUGGAACUAUCACCAUGAUGGCAACAAACACUGGUGAAACAAGUUUGUAUAUAACAAAACGUAGCACUACAUCCACUACUGUGAAGUCAACAGAAGAUGCUUUGACCAGUGGGAUGACAACAACAGCAACAGAUUCCUCACCUCGUGUUCUGACAGCAACAAUAGAUACAGUUAAUGGUGCAACAACAUCAGCAACAGGGGUUCCAACUGGCACAAUGACAGCAUCUCCUGAUGGGGCAACUACCACUGGGACAACAACGGCAUUUCCUAAAACCAAUGCUGGAACAAUAACACCACUCAUUGCAACUCACAGUGGGGUGUCAACAACAUCUGCUACAACAAGCAGUGAGACUAUGACAAAUGCUAAAACCAGUGUUAGCACUGCAGCUAAGCAGACUUCAACUAGUACCAGGACAGAAACAACUAAUACUGCACCCAGUCCUAUUACUUCACAACCAGAGUCUACUGCAACAAGGUCUAGAGCUUCAACAGUGGAAUCCACAACAAUCUCUAAGAAAGAGACAGCAGAUGUUUCGACUAGCUCUGUCACACAGACAACAAACACUCUCACUGGUUCUGAAAUAUCAACAUUUGGUGGAAAAACAACCUUUGGGUCAGCAACAGCCAACACUGGAAAAACUUCACAGAGGACAACAACUGAUUCUGCAACCACUGCUGGAAAAUCAACUGAUGAUUCCAUGACCUCUGUUGGAACAACAGACAUGACUGCUGCAGCUACUGACUCCACAGCAAAGGUUUCAAUCAGUGCUGGGACUUCAACAAAAGAUGCUGGAACUAUCACCAUGAUGGCAACAAACACUGGUGAAACAAGUUUGUAUAUAACAAAACGUAGCACUACAUCCACUACUGGGAAGUCAACAGAAGAUGCUUUGACUAGUGGGAUGACAACAACAGCAACAGAUUCCUCACCUCAUGUUCUGACAGCAACAAUAGAUACAGUUAAUGGUGCGACAACAUCAGCAACAGGGGUUCCAACUGGCACAAUGACAGCAUCUCCUGAUGGGGCAACUACCACUGGGACAACAACGGCAUUUCCUAAAACCAAUGCUGGAACAAUAACACCACUCAUUGCAACUCACAGUGGGGUGUCAACAACAUCUGCUACAACAAGCAGUGAGACUAUGACAAAUGCUAAAACCAGUGUUAGCACUGCAGCUAAGCAGACUUCAACUAGUACCAGGAUAGAAACAACCAAUACUGCACCCAGUCCUAUUACGUCACAACCAGAGUCUACUGCAAUAAGGUCUAGAGCUUCAACACUGGAAUCUACAACAAUCUCUAAGAAAGAGACAGCAGAUGUUUCGACUAGCUCUGUCACACAGACAACAAACACUCUCACUGGUUCUGAAAUAUCAACAUUUGGUGGAAAAACAACCUUUGGGUCAGCAACAGCCAACACUGGAAAAACUUCACAGAGGACAACAACUGAUUCUGCAACCACUGCUGGAAAAUCAACUGAUGAUUCCAUGACCUCUGUUGGAACAACAGACAUAACUGCUGCAGCUACUGACUCCACAGCAAAGGUUUCAAUCAGUGCUGGGACUUCAACAAAAGAUGCUGGAACUAUCACCAUGAUGGCAACAAACACUGGUGAAACAAGUUUGUAUAUAACAAAACGUAGCACUACAUCCACUACUGUGAAGUCAACAGAAGAUGCUUUGACCAGUGGGAUGACAACAACAGCAACAGAUUCCUCACCUCGUGUUCUGACAGCAACAAUAGAUACAGUUAAUGGUGCAACAACAUCAGCAACAGGGGUUCCAACUGGCACAAUGACAGCAUCUCCUGAUGGGGCAACUACCACUGGGACAACAACGGCAUUUCCUAAAACCAAUGCUGGAACAAUAACACCACUCAUUGCAACUCACAGUGGGGUGUCAACAACAUCUGCUACAACAAGCAGUGAGACUAUGACAAAUGCUAAAACCAGUGUUAGCACUGCAGCUAAGCAGACUUCAACUAGUACCAGGAUAGAAACAACCAAUACUGCACCCAGUCCUAUUACGUCACAACCAGAGUCUACUGCAAUAAGGUCUAGAGCUUCAACACUGGAAUCUACAACAAUCUCUAAGAAAGAGACAGCAGAUGUUUCGACUAGCUCUGUCACACAGACAACAAACACUCUCACUGGUUCUGAAAUAUCAACAUUUGGUGGAAAAACAACCUUUGGGUCAGCAACAGCCAACACUGGAAAAACUUCACAGAGGACAACAACUGAUUCUGCAACCACUGCUGGAAAAUCAACUGAUGAUUCCAUGACCUCUGUUGGAACAACAGACAUAACUGCUGCAGCUACUGACUCCACAGCAAAGGUUUCAAUCAGUGCUGGGACUUCAACAAAAGAUGCUGGAACUAUCACCAUGAUGGCAACAAACACUGGUGAAACAAGUUUGUAUAUAACAAAACGUAGCACUACAUCCACUACUGUGAAGUCAACAGAAGAUGCUUUGACCAGUGGGAUGACAACAACAGCAACAGAUUCCUCACCUCGUGUUCUGACAGCAACAAUAGAUACAGUUAAUGGUGCAACAACAUCAGCAACAGGGGUUCCAACUGGCACAAUGACAGCAUCUCCUGAUGGGGCAACUACCACUGGGACAACAACGGCAUUUCCUAAAACCAAUGCUGGAACAAUAACACCACUCAUUGCAACUCACAGUGGGGUGUCAACAACAUCUGCUACAACAAGCAGUGAGACUAUGACAAAUGCUAAAACCAGUGUUAGCACUGCAGCUAAGCAGACUUCAACUAGUACCAGGACAGAAACAACUAAUACUGCACCCAGUCCUAUUACUUCACAACCAGAGUCUACUGCAACAAGGUCUAGAGCUUCAACAGUGGAAUCCACAACAAUCUCUAAGAAAGAGACAGCAGAUGUUUCGACUAGCUCUGUCACACAGACAACAAACACUCUCACUGGUUCUGAAAUAUCAACAUUUGGUGGAAAAACAACCUUUGGGUCAGCAACAGCCAACACUGGAAAAACUUCACAGAGGACAACAACUGAUUCUGCAACCACUGCUGGAAAAUCAACUGAUGAUUCCAUGACCUCUGUUGGAACAACAGACAUGACUGCUGCAGCUACUGACUCCACAGCAAAGGUUUCAAUCAGUGCUGGGACUUCAACAAAAGAUGCUGGAACUAUCACCAUGAUGGCAACAAACACUGGUGAAACAAGUUUGUAUAUAACAAAACGUAGCACUACAUCCACUACUGGGAAGUCAACAGAAGAUGCUUUGACUAGUGGGAUGACAACAACAGCAACAGAUUCCUCACCUCAUGUUCUGACAGCAACAAUAGAUACAGUUAAUGGUGCGACAACAUCAGCAACAGGGGUUCCAACUGGCACAAUGACAGCAUCUCCUGAUGGGGGAACUACCACUGGGACAACAACGGCAUUUCCUAAAACCAAUGCUGGAACAAUAACACCACUCAUUGCAACUCACAGUGGGGUGUCAACAACAUCUGCUACAACAAGCAGUGAGACUAUGACAAAUGCUAAAACCAGUGUUAGCACUGCAGCUAAGCAGACUUCAACUAGUACCAGGACAGAAACAACCAAUACUGCACCCAGUCCUAUUACGUCAGAACCAGAGUCUACUGCAACAAGGUCUAGAGCUUCAACAGUGGAAUCCACAACAAUCUCUAAGAAAGAGACAGCAGAUGUUUCGACUAGCUCUGUCACACAGACAACAAACGAUCGCAUUGGUUCUGAAAUGUCACCAACCACCUCUGGGUCAGCUACAUCCUUUUCACCAGCUAGUGCUCAGACCCAGUCCUCCAAUUACACACAGGGCAUGAAAUUAGCCUUUCUCAAGGAAGUGCUGGAUAAAGAUUUCUCUCCUACGGCUGUUAGUGAUGAAGAGUUCCUGCAAUGGCUGAAGGUGGAACUCAGACCUUUGUUGGUCAGUCUUUCUUCAAGUCUGGUUAAGGACGUCUUCAGCAUUGUGAAAAACAGGAGCUGUAACAGCACCCAAGAAAUGAUUUCAGUGCUUGAAAGCGUACUGAAGACAUUCAGCGAUGACACAAAGACAGAGAUCCACAAAAAUAUUGCCCACUUGCUCCAAGAUCAAAAGCCGCUGAAGUGCUACAGCGGUGGAAGCUUCUACCUCUUCCUGAAGAACACCUUCCUCAGCUUCGGCUUUCCAGAUGUGUCGACGCUCAUUUCUCUCCUGCCACCGACACGCAAGUCAGAGCUCCUAAACACCAUCAGCACCUCAGAACUGGGUCAACUCCUCAGUCAACCGGGGGUAAUUAAUAACAGUCCAGAUGUCUGCAUCAUCUUCAGCCACUACAACAACACCGCCACCUUCCUACAGUCGGAGGACGUCCCAGAUGAUGUGAGGAGGACCAUCCUCCCCUGUGUGUGGCCCUUGGCUCUGAGCAGCAGCAGCAGAUCUGAGGUUGAUCUGUGGUUUAACGUACGCCUGAAGGACUACCUGAGGUUCCUCACCAAGGAGCUCAUUAGUUCUACUGAGGUCCAGAACGCCUCAUGUCUCGCCUUCCAGAAGCUGGUGUUUUUUAUGGGAAAAAUCUUCACCUACAACAGAUCUAAGUUUGGACAGGAAGAUGUGUAUCCCACCAUCAGGAGCUACUUGAGAGCUGGUUCCGGAGCUAGAUGCUACGAUCCCAGAGAUCCAGAACUGAGCUCUUCCUCCUGGUUUGUCAACUACAUCGGCAGCUUUAUCACGUUUAUCACUCUGGACGAUCUCACCAGCUUCAUCUCCACCUCCCAGCUGCAGUUAUUCUUGGAGGAUCGAUCUAAUCUGGAGCUCUUCAACAACACAGCGGUCUCUAGAGAUGUGACAGACUACUACAUCUCCCAGCUUUAUGCAUUCAAACCAGCCUUCAGUGCUUUCAAGCUCCCAGGCUCUCUGUUGUGCUCCUCAAACGUCCCAAGCUCAGUAUUUUCUUCUCUUACUGAAGCUGAGACCAUGGUCAUCUUGGACAGGCUGAAGACCUUCUGCAGUGGAACAGAAGAUCCCGAGGUUUCUGCAGCUCUGACGUCCAACAUCAAGACCUUCACAAAGCAAACCUUUGAAGAACUUGCAAAUGCCUCUUCAGCACUGACCAGAGAUCAGAUCCUGUCAGUGUCCUCCUCAGUUCUGGUGUCCUCCUUGUCAACCCUGGGCUCUGUGAAAAACUGGGGCCAGGACCAGACCACCACCAUUAUCCAGUCCAUCACCUCCUCAGGCUUCCAGAUCAACAGUGCAGCAUCUCUGGAGUCCCUGGGAACUCUUGUUGUUGGACUUCGCUCAGAGACGAUACAGAUGAUCUCAUCUUCUGAAGUCCUCAGUGCCUCCAGGAACCCCAACCUAGUUUCUAACAUGCUGGAAGCCCCAAAGGUUGUCCAGCAGACAUUUGUCACAAAGAUCAUUUCUGUGGACACAAAUCCGGCUAAAGUGGUGCAGAAUGUCCCUGAUGUCUUAGCAAGUGAGAUCCCACCUUCACUGCUGGUGUUUUCUGAGAGGACAGCAAACAUCAGCGUGAUAAACAGAAAGACGUGGACACCAGACCAGUCCGCCAUGUUUAUUGGGACUUUGGCUGAAAUCAACGUUGACAUUGAGCAGUUUUCACCGUCUGUGCUGCAAGGCUUCAGUUGUUCCUCUGUUCAGAAAAUGUCAAAAACCACAAUCAAGCAGAUGAUCCGUGCCUGUCGACAGAGGAAAGGCAGGGCUAAGGUGGAGCUGAAGGAACCACAGCUGACCUGCAUGUACAACCUGCUCCGUGACGGCCUCUCUCUGAACUUCACAGAUUAUCCUUCAGACAUGCUUCUCUACUUGAACAUUCAGGAUGUCCAGAAAGGAAACUGCAGGUCCUACUUUUCUGCACUGGGUGCUGCAGACUUCACUGUAGCCUCUGGUAUCUUGAACAAGGGCCCAAAGAAGUUCAGUGAAGCCAAGAACUGCUUGGGGAUCAGUGGCCCCCGCCUCAGCAGAGACAACGUGGAGGUCCUGGGGAACAUGGCCUGCAGCCUGGAAAGAUCCGACAUCGAGAACUCAGAUCCUCUCAUCCUGGAAAACCUCAAGGCCUGCAAAGAUCUCUCUGACGGCCAAGUGGCUGCUGUGGAAACACUGCUGCUAUCUGGGAAGACAAAAUACGGAGAUCGCUCCACCUGGAACCAGCAAACACUAGUGGACCUUGGAAUCCAUCCACUGUACUUCACCAGAAACAUUUGGGGACAGUUUAAAACCGCAACAAAGAGAAGGUUCCUUAAAGGUUUCAUGCCAAACUUAAGAAAAGGAAAAACACAGAAGAAGAAGCUGAAGAGGCUGUUUAAACAAAUUAGCCCCCGUGUGGCCAAACGAGCAGCAGGAUGCACUGAGGGCAACAUCACCCAUACGACCAUUAGCGACCCGUCUUUUCCUUUUGGCUUCGACGUGACCCAGUUUGACCUCUGCCUGGAUGUUUCUGUUCUGAAAGACAACCUCAACGCUCUCUGCCAGAAAGUGGAUGAUGAUGACUUCCAGAAAAUUAUUCUGAAGAAGCUCAACCAGGCCUUCCCCACUGGAGUUCCUGACCAGGAAGUACAGAUGCUUGCCUCCGUAUCUCGCGCAGCAACACUUGAUGACAUCUCUAGAUGGAGCAUCACUAGCCUGGACACCUUGGCAGCUCUCAUGGACCCUGAAAAUGGACCCUGGGAACAGUCAAAGAGCAAAGAAAUCAUCACCAAGUACCUGAACACCUCUGGAAAUUCCCUGGGCAGCAGGGAGCUGAACUUUAUUGACUCCAACCUUUGCUCAUUGGACACCAGCAUGUUGCAGAACAUCACAUCAGACAGUAUUGGAAACGCCAAGCUUCUUAAUGUGGCAUCGUGUUCAGCUGAGCAGAAGAGAGUCCUCUAUGAGAUCAGCAACAGCUCCUUCAGCAUCCAUCGGGAUAAUCCUGUUAUCUUUUACAUCCUGGUUAAAGGCUAUCUCGGCGGAGCGCCUCGAGCGGACAUUGUCACGUUAUCAACACAGAACAUCAGCAUGGAUGUCAACACUUUAACGAGUCUGGAUAAAGAUGUGAUAUCUGGUUUGAAGGUGACAGACGUCCGAGGUCUCAUGGGGGAGCAUCUACCAGAUCUGAAGCUGUUUGAGAAUGACACUGUGGUUCAGACCUGGGUGACCCAGCAGCUACAAUCUGACCUGGAUACGCUGAAUCUGGGCCUGUUAGGUGGCAGAGCAGACCCGAUCACGCCAGCACCUAGCUCAAACACAACCGGCUCCAACAUGACAGGCCAGAGUACUACAGGCGGCACUAAUAUUACAAAUGGCACCGUGACACAGGAAAACGGAGACAGUUCAAGUACGCCCCCAUCAAGCACACCACCACCUUCACAAUCUGCGACCACAAAUGGUUUCCUGGAGUCUGCAAAAUCACCAGCCUCUGUUCUCCUGGUAGCUCUGCUCUCGGCUGUUCUACAAGUACUACUACAACCAGCCUAAACAGCCCCUCUGCAGCAACUAUCCUGGGGGUUUAACCAAGACGUUGUUUUACCUCAUAGUUGAGUUAUUAUUACUAGCUGUUUUAUGUAUUCACAUGUAGAAAACAUGCUUAAUUUUAAUUCAUUUUCAACUCUUUACUAUCCUAUCUUAGCAUAACGUUACUGAUUUGUCUCUAAAAAAAAUCAAUGAAAUCUUUAAAAGUUUAAAU